UCACCCAGUAGGGAUCUCUCCGCAGUGUGGAAGUAGUUGGUAGAGCGCAGGCAAGUCUAAUCCACAAAACACCUUUUCAGCUACGGGAGAAAUAUAUAUCUGUGUGAUUGUCUUGUCCGCAUCGCUUGGACCAAUUGGAUAGGAUUUGUAUUCAUUUUAACAGGCUCCGACAGAAGCGCAGUCAGUGAAGGACGUUUGAAUUAUUGACUUCUGAUUAAGUUCAAACUGGUAAAGGACACGGAUAUCAGAGGAUUUUAUUGUUUUAUCAACGACAUAAGAUUAAUUUAAAUCAAAAUAUUGGUGACACUGUGCUAAAGAAAUAAAGCAGCACAGACAGCAUGGCGAGAGAGGACGCUCGGAACUGGCAUGACUUCACAAAAAUGAUCGGACUGUUCAGCGUGGUCACUUUACUGACUUUUCAAGGGGUGGUGUCUCAGCGGGUGAAGGUGGAACCGGAGGUGAUGUCAUACCCCAGCCAGGCGGUCAACCUGAGGUGUGCCUUUACAGACGCUGGAGGGAUACAGCUCACACAGGUGUCCUGGAUCUAUGAACCCAAGGAGGGCGAGAGGCUCAACAUCGCAGUGUACCACCCUAGCUUUGGGGCAAGUUACCCCACAUCGCCCCUGAAGGGGCGUGUCAGCUUCACAACUAACCCCCCCUCCCUCAGCAACCCCUCCAUCCAGAUCUCGGACGUCAAGAUGACUGACGAGGGGAAAUACAUCUGUGAAUACGCCACCUACCCCAGCGGCAACGAACAGGGCGUCACCUCCCUCGUCAUGCUAGCCAAACCCAGGAACUCUGCCUCCGGGGUAACAGCGAUAGCCUCCACUGUCGCCGCGGGAGCCAAGCCAGUUGUCGUGGCCCGCUGUGAGUCGGUCGACGGUCGCCCUGCUGCCCAGAUCGCCUGGGUGACGGCUGUCAACGGCAACGCUACCUCCGCCUCUAAGGCGGGCGUUGACAACACCGUGACGGUAUCCAGCGAGUACAUGCUGGUUCCCACAGCAGCAGACAACGGCAAAGACAUCAGCUGUGUGGUGUCCCACCGGACCCAGGCCAAGCCUGAGAGCUUCCUGAUGAAACUGACCAUAGAGUACCCCCCACAGGUGACCAUCGUGGGCUAUGAUAAUAACUGGUACGUGGGUCGGACCAACGUGGCUCUGACCUGUCAGGCUACUGGCAACCCCAUCCCUACCACCCUCACAUGGAAAACUAUGAGCGGUCAGAUGCCAAACACAGUGCAGAUAAAAGAAAAUGUGCUGACCGUGCUGAAGGUGGAUGAGCAGACCAACACAACCUUUGUCUGCGAGGUCAAGAACCGCCUGGGCACCGGCAAGGACCAGGUCACUGUUAUGGUCAGAGGUACACGACUGCCAGUGAAGGGUCCUGCUACAGGCAGUAUUAUAGGAGGGAUCAUUGGGGUGGUUCUGCUGCUGGCCAUUAUUGGCAGUGUUGUGGUCAUGGUCCGCAAAAAACGCAACCAGAACAAUGGAGAUGGUCCACCCAAGCACAAGCCCCCUCCCCCUAAGAAGCAGCAGACCAUCAGCAGCUCUACUGAUAGGCUGAACACCAGUCGAGACCCUGUGGAGAGCGAGGAUGGACCCGUGGACCACCUGUACUACGCUCCCCAGAAUGGUGAGCCCAGCACGGACCUGGAUGCUUACAGUGAUGAGGAAUACAAUCGUGAUGCGGAGGAGUUGUACUACGCUGACGCCCCCUCUGGCUGGGAUGAGCCCAGGCUGAACAAAGUCCCGCCCCUGUACGCCCCCAACCAGUACAAGGCCAAUGAUUACCAUGACAACGAGGAGGAUAACCCCACUGCCGCCGGAACAACUCGUGGAAACAGCUUUGUGUCCCAGGCCAUGUUUGUGUGAAAACGGGAGACAUUGGAAGUGUGUGUGGGACUAAACCUGUUUGUACAUGAAGAACAUCAGACACUGGAUGUCUGUGGGAGGGCCGCAGUGUAUGCUGGUUGUAGUCAUUGCCGUUCAAUUUAUCUCCAAUUUAGAAUUUUACUUUGUGAACUAAAGUGAGUGUAUGUAUUAGGUUCUAAUAACGGGAAUCAUGUUUUUUAAAAGGGGAUCCGCUUUACCGUUAAAAUGCUGUGUAAGUUAGACACAACAUAAAAUAACUCUAACUUGUACCACGGUUGGUUGAAACUCCUUUGCAUGUUGUGGUUAAAGUCCCAUGUGUACAGUAUGUGUGUGAGAUUGUUUAAAAGGCACAGAUCCAGGGCCAGCUUACCCUCUCUGAAUCCUAACCAUUACCAUUAGGGGGAUAACGCAACACUGACCUUGGAUCAGAUCAGUGUGUAUUGACAGCCCCAUCAUACUGUGUAAUGUAGAUGGGUUCUGGGGUCCGUAGACUAGUAGUACACUACUCUGAGCUAAAGGCAGUAGGAUGACGUUGCCUAUAGACAGUGGUGUAAGGUCAGUUAUGUGUUUUACUCCCUAAGGAUUAUUUUUAAGAUUUUACAUCAUGUAAUCUGAUCCUAGAUCUGUGUCUGAGAUACAAUUUUGGAUUCCUGGAGCCCAAUACAAGCCAUAAGAGAACAAAAAUCAAACAAUGUAAGUUACUGACAAUCUUUUAACUAUAAAAAGGAAAUAUAUUUUACCUUUUAACAUUGAUUUGUCUAAACAUUGAUGAUUUGUGCCUGUUCGCUCAGGAUUUAAAAGCUCUAUUAACAUGCUCUACCACAGUAUGUUGGUUACAGAAUGUACUAUGUAGGUCUACUGUUGAAAUGUCCAAUAUUGUCAGGGUCUAGGUGUUUAUACAAUUUCAGGGUAUUCUCUGUACAAUCACUUAAUUGUUAAACCAGAUGUGCCUAUUUUUGUAGUGUGUCUGAUUUUAAAAUGUGAAUCAAACAGAAUAAGGAAUGAUUUUAUCAUACUGCGCUGGUUACUAGAUUAUUUUUAAUUCAAUAAACAUUUAAACUGUG